AUGUGCUCUGCAGACAGAGUGGAGAGUGUUGGAUCAGCAGUGAGCAGGCCCAGUAUCAGGAGUGAGCAGCUCUUCCUCCACACUCACAAUGGGCAGGAAGCCCCUCUAAUAGCUCCAGCACUACUACGUCUGCUACUACGGCCAGCGAGGUGCGGAAAGCUCCCGCGGCGUCACGAGGAGAGGAGCGCCGCCAGCCCGUUCAUCAUGUGUCUGCAGAGCAGCACAGUGGCCGCUCUGUGCGACCUGCCCUCGCCCAUCUCCUCGCUUCAAAUCCACUUAAAGCUGAGGGCUGACGUCAGCGCAGUCAAGGCCUCUUUCUCCUGCUGCAAGUCCAACCAUCAGCUGUGGUCACCAAUUUCAGCGCAAAGUGCCAUGGGUUGA